CACGUGACCCGCCCGCCUCCCGAGCGGCUGGCCGCCCGCUCGCUCGCUCGCUCGCUCUGUGGGUCUGGUUGACGUGGAGGGGCCGGAGGCUGCGGCGGCAGCGGCGGCGGCCCGCGUCCGAGGCUCGCGGGCUGCGGGCCCGGGUGAGUGCAGCUCCAGCGCGCGGCGGGGCUCCCGGAAGUGUCUGCGUUGUCCCGCCGCAGCCGAGAUGCCCGGGCAUCGGGGCGCUCCACACCUCCCCGCGUGGGUGUGUGGACUGUACACCAUGGAUGAUUUUGCUGAGGGAGACUUCACUUUGGCAGAUGAUACCUUGUUGGAAGGUUGCCCUUGUGAGGAUGACUGUAUCUGUACCCCUGACUUUACCACUGAUGAUUAUGUCCGAGUGACUGAGCUCUACUAUAAUGGAGUGGGUAUGCAAUAUAAAGAUUAUGCCCAAAGUGAGAAAAAUUUAGAAUAUGACAUCUGCAAUAUAUGGUGUAGUAAGCCACUUUCUAUUCUGCAAGAUUACUGUGACACCAUUAAGCUAUAUAUCUUCUGGCCACUUCUUUUUCAACAUCAACACAGUUCUAUAAUAUCAAGAUUGCAUCCCUGUGUGGAAGCCACCCGUUCUCGUGCCGCUGAGAUAAGUUUGAAGAAAUUACAACAUCUUGAGUUGAUGGAAGACAUUGUGGAUUUGGCAAAGAAAGUUGCAAAUGAUUCAUUCCUUAUUGAAGGUUUAUUAAGAAUUGGUUAUAAAAUAGAAAAUGUAAGUGUUAAAAAUGAGACCCCAGCACACCCAUUACAGAAAAUCUUGGCAAUGGAAGAAGCUUUAAAUUGGAUAAAAUAUACAGGUGAUGUAGCAAUUCUACCUAAAUUAGGAUCAGUUGACAGUUGCUGGCCCAUGUUAAGUAUUUUCUUUACUGAAUAUAAGUACCAUAUUACUAAAGUCGUAACUGAAAAUUGCAACUUGCUUGAGGAGUUUAGAAGGAACAGUUGUGUGCAGUGUGUGAAGCAAGGAGAGCUAAUGAAAAUGAGAGGAAAUGAAGAGUUUUCCAAACAAAGAUUUGAUAUAGCUGUUAUUUUUUACACCAGAGCCAUUGAAUAUAGACCUGAAAACCAUCUCCUUUAUGGUAACCGAGCUCUCUGUUUUCUUCGUAUGGGACAGUUUAGAAAUGCACUUAGCGAUGGAAAGAGGGCCAUUGUUUUGAAGAACACCUGGCCAAAGGGUCAUUAUCGUUAUUGUGAUGCUCUUUCUAUGCUGGGGGAAUAUGACUGGGCCCUGCAAGCAAACAUAAAAGCUCAGAAACUCUGUAGAAAUGACCCUGAGGGAAUCAAGGAUCUAAUUCAGCAGCAUGUAAAGUUACAAAAACAAAUAGAAGACCUGCAAGGUCGGACAUCAAGUAGGAAUCCAAUUAAAGCUUUUUAUGAAAGCAGGGCUUACAUACCUAGAAAUUCAUCAGCACCUGCUUUUAGAACAUCACUUAACUUUGUGGAAACAGACAGAGGUUUCAGAAAAACUAAGUACAGAAUGGCAGAUGGUGGCAAUCAAAAUCUACAGGUGGCAGAUGAGGCUUUGAAGGGCGAUGAUUGUGACUGUCAUCCUGAAUUUCUGCCACCUCCAAGGAUUUUAAUGGCGACCACAUUGGUUAUAAUUCGGAGCGGAAUCAGCAUGUUGAUAAUAUUUCUGUUCAGUAACUUGGGUCAUUAUCUGUUUACUCAAUAUUUGAAUUAUAAUUCACAAGUGACUUUACCAGAUUUGAAAAACAUUUUGGAGAAACAGUUUUCAAAGUCUUCUAGAGCUGCACACCAGGAUUUUGCUAACAUCAUGAAGAUGUUAAGAAGCUUAAUUCAGGAUGGGUACACAGCCUUGUUAGAGCAGCGUUGCCGCAGCGCGGCACAGGCCUUCACAGAGUUACUCAAUGGUUUAGAUCCUCAGAAAAUAAGGCAAUUGAACCUGGCCAUGAUUAAUUAUGUAUUAGUAGUCUAUGGACUUGCUGUUUCUCUCCUUGGAAUAGGACGACCUGAGGAGCUGUCAGAAGCUGAGAACCAGUUCAAAAGGAUUAUCGAACACUAUCCCAAUGAGGGGCUUGACUGCUUGGCCUACUGUGGAAUAGGAAAAGUAUAUUUGAAAAAGAACAGAUUUCUUGAAGCUCUUAAUCACUUCGAAAAAGCAAAGACUUUGGUCUAUCGUCUUCCUGGAGUUCUAACUUGGCCCACAAGUAAUGUGAUUAUUGAAGAGUCUAAGCCAGAAAAAGUCAAGAUGAUGCUGGAGAAGUUUGUUGAAGAAUGCAAGUUUCCCCCAGUACCAGAUGCUGUUUGUUGCUAUCAGAAGUGCCGUGGAUAUUCCAAAAUUCAGAUCUACCUAACUGAUCCAGACUUUAAGGGUUUUAUACGAAUUAGCUGCUGCCAAUACUGUAAGGUAGAAUUUCACAUGAACUGCUGGAAAAAGUUAAAAACAACAACUUUUAAUGAUAAAAUUGACAAGGAUUUUCUACAAGGAAUUUGUCUCACUCCUGACUGUGAGGGAAUCAUUUCUAAGAUUAUCAUCUUUAGCAGUGGUGGUCAAGUUAAAUGUGAAUUUGAACACAAGGUCAUCAAAGAAAAAGCUCCUUCUAAGCCUGUUCUGAAGCAGAAGUGCUCCAGCCUAGAGAAGUUAAGACUGAAAGAAGAUAAAAAGUUGAAGAGGAAGAUCCAAAAACAAGAGGCCAAAAAGUUAGCACAAGAACGAAGGGAAGAGGACUUAAAAGAAAGCAACCCACCCAAAAAUGAAGAGCCAGAAGAAAAUGUAGACAUCGGUCAGAGUUGCCAGUUUCUUGAUGAUAGAAUCCUGCAAUGCAUAAAGCAGAAUGCGGACAAGAUUAAAUCUGGUAUAUUGAAUACCUCCACGCUUCUCAAAGAGCUGCUUUCUUGGAAGGUUCUGAGCACAGAAGACUACACAACAUGUUUUUCUAGCAAAAAUUUUCUGCGUGAAGCAGUGGACUAUAUUAUACGUCACUUGGUUCAAGAAAAGAACAGAGUAAAGACACGGAUAUUUCUGCAUGUUUUGAGCGAGCUUAAAGAGGUAGACCCCAAGUUGGCUCCCUGGAUCCAGAGACUUAAUAGCUUUGGCUUAGAUGCCACAGGACCGUUCUUUACUCGGUAUGGAGCAUCUCUCAAGGAACUUGAUUUUAGCGUCAUGACUUUCCUCUGGAAUGAGAAAUACGGCCAUAAACUGGGUUCUAUAGAAGGAAAGCAGCUCGAUUAUUUCUGUGAGCCAGCGUCCAUGAAGGAAGCCCGCUGUUUAAUAUGGCUGCUGGAAGAGCACAGAGACAAGUUCCCAGCCUUGCACAGUGCCCUGGAUGAGUUCUUUGAUAUAAUGGAUAGCCGAUGCACCGUAUUACGGAAGCAAGACAGUGAUGAAGUGCCGUUUGGUUGUAUCAAGGUAAAAAACAAAGGCAAGAAAAAGAAGCCAAAAGAUUCAAAGCCAAUGUUAGUGGGAUCUGGACCGACAUCGGUAACAGCAAGUAGUGAGACUGUUACUCCCGAAGACCAUAACAGGCGCAGUUCAGAUUCUGCAGGCCCAUUUGCAGUACCUGACCACCUUCGGCAAGAUGUUGAAGAAUUUGAAGCUCUUUACGACCAGCACAGCAGCGAGUAUGUUGUCCGAAAUAAGAAGCUGUGGGACAUUAACCCGAAACAGAAAUGUUCGACUCUGUAUGAUUACUUCUCUCAGUUGUUGGAAGAGCAUGGCCCCUUGGCCCUGAAUGACAAGGUGUUCUCUGAAGAGGAUGAGUUCUUCCCUGAAGAGACUCGACAGAUGCUGGAGAAAGCCGGCGGUUUGAAGUCUUUCCUCCUGGGAUGUCCUCGAUUUGUUGUGAUAGACAACUGUAUUGCAUUGAGAAAAGUUGCCUCAAGACUCAAGAAAAAGAGAAAGAAGAAAAACAUCAAAACUAAAGUUGAAGAAAUUUCAAAAACAGGAGAAUAUUUACGAGUUAAACUACCACUAAAUCCAGCUGCUAGGGAAUUUAAACCAGAUGUAAAGUCCACACCAGUGUGUGAGGAUGUAAAGUCUGCACCAGGACCUGCUGAGUCCCCAGGACCAGCUCCUGAGGAUCUGAAGCCCCAACUGGACUCUGAUAGCUCUUGUGGUUCAGCUUCUGAGGACAGCAGACUGGAAGUGGCCUCUUCUGACUCGCCCCCACCACUCUGUGAGGAUGUACAUCACAGACCAGCUUCCUCUCCUCCCACAGUAGCUCCUGAAGAUGCCAAACCAACAUACUGGACUCAAUCCCACGUGGUCACAGGAUUCUGCACAUACCUUCCUUUUCAAGGAUUUGACAUCACGCAGUCAAGGCCUGCAUACAUCAACAUGGUACCAAGCCUGCCCCAGUUCACCGGCAUCUACACACCCUUGGCCAGCAUUCCCUCUGAAUAUGCCAUGCAGAGAUCCAUGCCAGUGGUGCCAUCUUUUGUAGCCAGCGACAGAGCAGAUAAAAAUGCCACUGCAUAUUUCGAGAGUCAGAAUUUGAAUACUGGGAAUGACUGUGGUAACCAGAUUGCCUCUGAAGCACAGAUCCUUGAGCAUUCUUUGGGAAUGUGUGUGAAGUCCCAGAGCAGCCCAGCUGAUCUUGAGACAGCUCUGAGUGAGCCCGACAGAAACAGCAGGCAUGGUGGGAGCUCCGACAUCCAGUGUGAAGCAUCUCCGGAAAGUACCAGCAGAGCAACAGACACUUUCCCUGCACCAGUGCUUGCCGUCCAGGUGUCUAGGAGUGUAGUACAUCAGGAAGUCAAUACUGAGCCAUAUGAACCUUUUGAGACACAGCAGGGGGACCUUUCCCAGACUGAAAAGGAGUACCGCCUGUUAAGAGACCAGCUCACGGCAGCAGUGGAGAACUAUGAGCAGAGCAAACUCAGGAGCUCAGAAGAGACCAGGGACCUGGAAGAGAAGCUGAAGAGGAACACAGAAGAGAAGAAGAUCUCAAAGACCGAAUUAGACUGGUUCCUCCAAGAUUUGGACAGAGAAGUUAAAAAAUGGCAACAAGAGAAAAAAGAAAUCCAAGAAAGAUUAAAGGUCCUGAAGAAAAAAAUUAAGAAGGUUACAAAUACCAGUGAAAUGUCUGCCCAGAAAAUUGAUAGCUUGGAUAAGGAAUUCGGGUCACAUCUGGACCAGUCCCCAGGAAUCAGUGCGCUCCUGAAUGAGAAGGCGGCAGUCGAAGAGCGCAUCCAGAGAGGGACAGAGCGUUGUGAGGAGAGUCGGCAAAGGGCCGUGGCUGCGGAGCUCUCUGUCCUGGAAAACUGGAAGGAGCGAGAAGUCUGUAAAUUACAGAGUGUAGCGUCACAAGCAGAAACCUAUCUUAAGAACCUCAAGCUGAUGAGCAGUGAUUCUGCAUCAUAUCCUGACAUGGAGUGUGAUACGCUCUCAUGGGAAUUGUUUCUUUCUAAUGUAAGAGAAGAAAUUGAGAGCACAAAGUCUCAGUUUGAAGAUCAAAUCAAGGCCAUUAAAAAUGGUUCUCGGCUCAGCGAGCUUUCCAGCGUGCAGAUUUCUGAGCUCACAUUUCCUGACGGUACAACGGUGAGUGAGAUUCAUCCUCAGUUGCCUUCUGAGUCUUCAGGCCAUGAGGAUCAAGGGCCCAUGACUUCUGAAGCAGUCCACAAGGAUUCUCCCACAGAGCCCACUAGUGGCUGCCCAGAGGAGGUCCCUGAGCUGUCACUAGGAUCGCCCACCCAUCAGCCUGAAGUUGGUCAACAGUUAGAGGUCAAGAUGGCUAGCCAGCUGUCUCCAUCAGAACAAAGCCCUGAGGCUGAUGAGAAACGACCUGGGCAGGCUACUCGGUCAAGCCAGUCUCCAAAAAAGCCUUUCAACAGUGUCAUUGAACACUUGUUAGUGGUGUUCCCAUCCUAUACCAGCUCUGAACUUGCUGGUUUUGUUAAAAAAGUUCGAAACAAAAGCAAGAACUCACUCUCUGGAUUAAGUGUUGAGGAGAUUGUGGAGAGAGUAACAGGACACAUUCUAGAGGAACAGAGAAAGAAGGCUCAAUCUGCUGCUGCGGUGGCCCAGUCUUCCCAGAGUGCACCUUUGGCUGUUGGUGGACCGUCGUCCAAAACCAAAGGCCAGAAAAGAGAUGACGUCUCCGUAAAUCCUGCACCAGAUGCAAAUUCCUGUGAGCUAUGCCACGAGGUGUUCAAGUCAAAAAACAUGCGUGUGCUGAAAUGUGGGCACAAGUUUCACAAAGGGUGCUUCAAGCAGUGGCUCAAAGGACAGAGCACUUGCCCCACCUGCGGCCGUGAGGACCUGCUGUCACAAGAGUAGCCUGGUGCACCGAUCUUGCCCACCCAGCCCAGAGGGGAGCCGCCUCGUGUUGCCCUAGGUAGUCGCUCUUCACUGACCACCGUUCACUGCGUGAUGCGUUGACAUAACAACAGCGUCCUGUUACCAGAAUAAAACAGAAACGUGAAAACUCGGACACUGUGUAUCACAAAGCUAACAAGUGGAAGCCUUGAAUGUAAUCCAUACCACGUUCCAGGUGACAGCGUGUGUGAGCCUCUGAUGCUGUGUCACCCCAUUCGUGCGUUGUUGGAGCUGCUGCACGGGGCUCUGAGAUUAGCAGCUUCCCUUGGAAAGGGCUGCUGAGUCCCUCAAAGCAGUGCUCUAUUGUGAGGAUGCUCAGCCACCUCUUGCAGACCCUGGAGCUGCUGUAGGGUCUGCUUCCUCAAUUGAUCCACAUUUUGGAAGUCAGUUAUAAAAUACUUUUUAAAGACGUUUUGAGCUGAGACUUCUUUUACCCUGGAAACAGGCUACCUGUUCUCAGCAGACCCACGCUUGAGGCUUGCACUAAGACUUCUGUGCUGGUCUCAUGAGCCAGUCAGCCAGUGCUUGGAAGUGCCCACUAGCUAGUGCCGAGCACAAGAGCACUGUGUAGAACCAGUCACUAUCGUUCUCCUUCCUUAACCUACCACCAAAAAAGAAAUUUACCAGACAGUCCUGAGGGUUGGUGUUGUUAGGCCAUUCUGUGUUUGACUCUUGUGUAAAGUAAUGCAUGCAGUCCUUUGUUGUGGCCUGAAAACAAACUAGCUCGUUAGAAACUAUUCACAAACUAGGUGUUUUUAGUGACCUGUAUGUAGGCAGUGGCAAAUACAGAAACUGGAUACAUUCCAUUUCUCUCAAACAGAAAAAAUACAAAAAAAAAAAAAAAAAAAAAAACCAAAACCUUUGCCGUGUGUUCUCUGUUGGAGUAGCAGGUUUGGUGGCCUUCUCCUGUGUCCGUGUGAGUUGUGGUGUCAGUGACUCAGUCGAGAGCAGCUCACUCCUUCUCCUGAGACAUUCUCCUCAGUGGUCCCUGAACAUGGUCUGCAUGUCAGUUGAGAGCAGUGCACAUUGAAGUGCACAGUGCCAGUUCGAAGAGCAUAGCUGUUGAGAGAAUGAACUUCUGUGCUUCAUUUCAGAGCCUGUGAACAUGCCUUAUACUUGUCCAGUAGCUGUCAAUAAAAACAUUCUGAAAGAUCA